AUGAAAAUUACAACAGAAUAUUUACAUAUUGUGAAGAGUGGGCCAGUGACCACCAUUUGGUUGCCUCGUGAGUGCCGAUCGGACAGAACGGAUCCCGUUUCAGAACUUAUGACAACAAAAAACAUGUUCACAGAGACUAAUCCCAGAGAGUGUCUGGUGUGCGGCGACCGGUCUAGCGUAGACGUCGGCGGCUAUGCCCGGGUUCGGGAUGUCAAUAACGUCAAAAAUGUCUUACCAAGAUAUAGCCAUUUUAUGGGGGAC